AUGCCCGAUUCCGCGAUAUCGUCGCCUGGGGCCUCACGCUCUACUCGCUCCCUGAAGCGUUCCGCAUCAGCUGCGUCACUUCCUACUCCGCCGAGAACGAACCGACGACGGAAAAAUAGGAAACUGCGUAGUCUUAAAGCAGUAGAAGAAGAAGCAGGUGGUGAAGCGAGCUCGGAUGAAGAACAAAGACAAGAAAGGCAUUACAAGAGGCGAAGGAUCAGUAACGUGCCAGAGGAGAACGAGGAAGACGAGGAGGCGUUUUGGACGGCUGGAUCCCCAACUUCUCACAAUUUUCAGAAAGGAAAAGCGAAGGAGGCUGACGAAGUUGAAACAGAAUCUGAUUCAGACACAGCGACUUCAUUUCUCUCUCGCCGCGGGCAGAGGUCGUCGACAGUAGGCAGUGCUCCAGUCUCACCGCCUCCGUCUCAUCGUCGUAUCCCAGCUGCAAAAAUUGCUUCUAUCGCACCGGCGCUGCAGCUUUUGCCAGUUGUUGAAGAAAACCCGAGUCCAAGUGGGACUUCACCACCUGCAACACCUAAAUCUUCCAAAGUACUCGCUUUGAGGGAUUCCCCGUAUAAUCCGUUCUUGGCGUCGCCUCUGGAUUUGGAUGAUGUCGCCUCUACAUCCAAAUCGUCGAAGACGUCAACAGGGCCCCUUCAGGAAAAACCAACCGUGACUUUCAUUUUUCGCGGUGUCAAAAAGGAAUAUCCUAAUCCGUAUUAUGACCACACAAAGGACAAGCCACGAUCACCUGAGCCAAAUUCACUGUUGCCGCCCGAGCACAAAGACUACACACCUGAUCUUAGAGGUACCCCUCGAGCACUGUGGCCCAGGAAGAAGAAGGCAGCACUACUCUCAGCUCCAGAGUCGCCGAGUGAUGAUGAGGAAGAGGUUUCGCUCAGGCCAGUGAGGCUCUUUGGUCCAGGUGGUCGUCAUCCCGGGUUCACACGAUCGUAG